ACAAGCUUUCCUGGGUUAGAAAAACAGAAAAAAAUUCGGCUUGUUGCUUGCGUUUUCCUUAUACAAAUUAAUUUGAUUUUUGCAUUGAUUUUCAUAUACGUUAUUUUUUUGGAAGUAUUAGUAGAAGUGCCGCUUUGCGCAAGACGCCGAAAACAGUAUUCAAAACGAUAGAUACUGUUUAAAAUUAAACUGUAGAGUGUAGACAGUAAACGGAGUAAACUGUAAACAGAAUAAACUGGUUUUAAUGUAAGUACAGAUUAUAUACAUUCCUGUGUGCGAAAACUACGAACUUGAUUCCAUUAUUUCCCACUGUCGGACUUGGUGCAAAAGUUUGGUGCCCUUCAGGGUAGUCGAAUCGCGGGAAUCGCCUUUCCGCCGUCUUAUGAGCUGCCGAGUCCUACUCGAAUGAUCUUGGAUCAUGCUCCAGGUCCAUAUUCCACUCUAUGCAACCAACAAUAUUGUAGCCCAUGUUGAGAGCCAUCAUAUACCGAAACCUGGGAGGAUUCUUGUGGUUGAAAUCCUUAUGGACAUUAUGGUUAUCCACAAGCCUCAUGAGUGAAAGUGUCACAGAAGCGAGGUUUUCGACAUAGUCACGUAGCCCUAGAUUUGAUGAUUCCAUCUGUCUGGAUUAACACGCAUCCGUCUUGCUGAUCCUGAUUACAUUCCGAUAUUUCGAAUGCUCUGACAUGAGUCAUUGAGUACGUGUAUAUGAAUUAUGCGGUUCCAUAUUCGCCGGGAAUUGGUUUACCAUGUCUUCAAGAGCUUCUUCCGGUACAAGCGAGUAUACAGCACCCAAAGUUUUGGCCUGGGCACGUGGUUUGGAAACAUUCGAGCGCAUGGAUUUCGUCUACCUGUUGAUGCAUAGCUUGUUUCCCACGGAAUUACGCUAUAUUCAUGGAAUACUUGAUGGGCUGCUGAAACGGGACGAAGCGCUCUAUGCCGGUUCCGUCAAUCAGGCCAAUGAUUUUGUCCGUCUUUCACAUUUUUACGAGAAUUAUGAUCCGCGCACGGUUAUGGCAAAUGAUGGAUUGCGGCGCCAGUUUAUUGUGGACCUUUCGGCAUUGCACCCACUGAAUUUUUAUUGUGCUGACAUCUUUUUCGGUGUUUUGCAAAGGGCGGAGUUGGGAACGUGGAGUUUUAAUUCCGACAGCCAAAAACUUUUGCGAGAAUUAAUUCUUAUAACACUUAUGGUAGCCCGGCACGCAGCUUUCCGGUUCGACAACCGAUUAUUUGUUUGGAACAUCUCGAGAACGCUUACUCAAAAAUUAAAAAUCUUCAGGGAAGCGGAAGAGCAAGCGGAAGUAUCCAGAGAAGAAACCGAAGAGGAGCUGGAAGAGUUGAAAUCCCAUGCAGAUAUUCCUGCACUUACCCCGGAGCCGGUUGAGCAGCAGUCUACAGUCACUGCUUCGGGUUCCCUGGUUAGGGCUGACAGACUGCCGAACGGAUUAUACGAAUCUCCGCCCCCGUUCGGACGUGCACCUUACAAUCACGAGAAGCGAGAGAAAAAACCGCCCACCAUUAAGGCCGAUUUCCCUCCUCUGGGCGGAAAUGUAAACCACAGACCUAAAGCUCCAACGAUUUCUGCCAGGGUGCUGGAAGUGGCGCCUUCCAUGAAUGCUUACGAAGCCGCGCCUUAUGGUGAUUCUCGAAGCAGGGCUGUUGAGCAGGCACUUGUUAUAAAUACCCAUGAAAGUAGUUUUGCCGAAAACUGUGAUUUUCAAGAUUCUCGUUUGGCCUCUAAUAAAGAGAGUUUUGCUGCAAAUAAGGAAACAAAGGGAAGCAACAAAACAGUAAGCGCGCUGCCUGUAUCCUCUUCCACGGAAUUCCCGCAUUUUGCCCAUCAGAACAUGCCACUCGUCGCACCCUCCCUGUCAAAUUCGGUUGCCCAGAACUUCCCUAAAACCUUGGAUGAUGACGUGGAAUCACUGCGGAGAAAUGCCGCUGAAGCGGAAGAUGUGGUUCAUAUGGUUGCAGCACAGGAGAAGUUUUCGAUAACGAAUAAUAGACCAAGUGGUAGUGCACCAGGAAUAAUUGGUGCUUUCCCUCGUGUGUAUUCCAUAACUGGGCCGAGCGGUCCGCGGUUGCCCAGUCAUGUUCCUUACAGUUUACCACCGCAUCAUAACUUUGCCGUUCCGCCUGUUUUCCCUAAACCUGUUUCCUGUUACAACUGUGGAUUUUCUGGACAUCUCGGCGAGUACUGUCCGAAAAAGAAGCCGCUUGAUUCAGAGCAAGCUGAUAAAUACUGCUCUCUGCAGCGUGAUGCCAAAAGAUACCCUGAGAAGAGUCGACCAUCAACACGAUUGCCUGGACCUCACAGUCAUCAUCCCUAACGGCCUUUGAAAUACUUCUUUUGAGGCUGUUAGACAGGUUUCCGUGAUGCCUUUUUUGGAUAAGUCAACAUUCAACAAUGGACUGCCUUGCCUGCAUCUGGCUACAAUCUCAUGGAACUGGAAGUCAAGAUAUAGUUGUCUGGCAUUAUCCUUGUGCUGAAGAUGGAAGCAUUUUAUGGAGCGAUAAGUUUGCAACAUUUCCGCUCCCUUUUUUAUUGAAUUAGGUUGCUGUUUUGUUAAAUUUCGAUUCGGUAAAAAAUAGUGAACUGUAUCUGCAGCUCAGUGAUCGUGCCGCACUGCAUCUGCGCGAUCGGCACUGUAAAGCGAAUCACCCUGCUCAGAUAGGGCUGUAAAUAGAAGUAAAUACUUACUGUAUGUUACUUGUAUAAGCAUUG